UCCUGGUCCACCAGGCAAAGGAGUGGAAAUGAAGGAUCUGGAGAGGCUUUUUGAAGCAAAUGGUAUCAAGCUGGCCCUGCUGAAGGACCUCACCAACGCGCUCCUGCAGAAUGGACUGGAAGGGCUGGUCCAGCAGCUGGGCAGCUCCAGGAAAAGCAAGGCUUCAAGGAGAAAGCAAGAGCCUAAGCAAGCUCCUGACCACAGCGAUGUGUUUGAUACGUCUCGUGAUGCUGUGGCCAGUGCAGAGGUGGGUGAAGAAGCACAGAGUCUAGCUGUGGAGGCUCAGUUUGGGGUUCUGGUGUCUGGAGGACAACUCAUUAAGGGUCCUGCUCGUGGUUAUGAACCAGCGUACCAGCCCCUGGGAAACCCGUCUGAGAAAGUGAUGGGGUCCUUGGAGAAAACGUCUGAGGAGAGAAGGAAAGAGAAAGACUCAAGCGGAACCAACACUUGUUUCAGCAAUGAAAAUGCAAAUUCUGGCAACGAUGGCUCUGCAUUACCGACGCGCGUUAGAGCAAGGAGAUCUGCUGGGCAUGACAGGCACAUGGUUCGCUCCCCUGGUGCGCCAGGAGGUCAAAAACCCCCAUCUGGACACGCGACAUACCCCGGCCCUCAGCACUCGAGGAGGAUUAAGAAGCAGGAAACAGGCCCAGUGGAUCUACCGUCCCGCAGCCAAAAGGGAGAUAUGGGAGCUCCAGGAGCCCGUGGAGACAAAGGAGAAAAGGGGCAGCCCGGGGAGAGGGGAGAACCUGGAGAAAAGGGAACCAAAGGAGACAGAGGUGAAAAUGGUCAGAAGGGAGAACCAGGAACUGGGUUCAGAGGCCCCAUUGGUCAGGUUGGGCCCCCUGGAUACAAGGGUGAACCAGGAGCCCCAGGGCCUCCAGGAGCACAGGGCAUCCAGGGCAUUCGUGGCAACACCGGCAUUCCCGGAUCACGGGGAGAGAGAGGAACUCCCGGUCUGCCUGGGGUGCCAGGACAGAAGGGAGAAAUCGGCUUUGGAGUAGCUGGCCCAAGAGGUCCCCGUGGACUCCCUGGCCCUCAGGGUGAUGAGGGCGUCGUGGGAGUCCGAGGCCCCCUUGGCAUGAGGGGUCUAAAAGGCCUCCCAGGUGUGAAAGGCGAAAGAGGUGAUCGGGGACUUCUGGGACCCAAGGGAGAAAGGGGUGAGCUCAGGACUAUUUUUGGACCCCAGGGCUAUAAAGGCAGUAAAGGAGAUCCCGGUGAACAGGGCUUGCCAGGUUUUGAUGGAGACAAAGGCGAGAAGGGAGAGGAUGGGCCUGUAGGAGAAAAGGGAGUCAAAGGUGAAGCUGGCUCCAAGGGUGUGAUGGGGCUUUUUGGAACAAGAGGACCAGUGGGACAGAAGGGGGAGCCAGGAGAACCAGGCCUGCCGGGUGCUGCCGGCACGGCAGGCCUAGAUGGGAAGAAUGGAAACAAAGGAGCCAAAGGUGACAGAGGUCUGCAGGGACAAAAGGGGCAACCGGGAGGGAAAGGUGACCCUGGGAUAACUGGUGACAUCGGACGGAAAGGAUCUAAGGGCUUACAAGGGCUCCCAGGACGCACCGGUGCUCCAGGAGCCGCAGGAACCAAGGGAGAAAUUGGCAGUCCCGGAAGACCAGGAAUCCCAGGAUCAGAUGGACCAUAUGGACCAAAGGGCAAACAGGGAGUAUCAGGUGAUGAUGGUGCCUCGGGAAUUCCUGGGGAGAAAGGAGAAAAGGGCGCCAAGGGAGUUCCUGGCUUGGGAGGCUUCAAAGGACAAAUGGGAUUGCCUGGGAAGAUGGGAGUCGCUGGACCAGAUGGACCUCAAGGGCCACAAGGCCAACCAGGGCCACAGGGUCCACGAGGUAAAAGAGGGAGACCCCAGCUCUGCCUCAGGGGCCCCCCAGGCACGAACGGGCAAAAAGGAGAAAAGGUCAGUAUGGAGAUUGGCUCACUUCAGUGUAAGCAUAGCAGGAGAAGUAAGGCUGGACUAGGUAAGGGCUCAGGACAGCCUGACUGAGGCUCACAUGCACACACAUGUGCUCCUGUCAGCUCUCCAGCCCGGCUAGCCUCACAUCCCGGUGUGAUGCCAGGCUGCCGUUCCUCUUGUCUUCAGAUCGUUCUGUUCCAACGUGUCGUGUUGGCCUGAUCAGAGCGUCCCAGAGCAGAUAUAGCUGGCCUGCGGGGUCACACCUCAGAGGAUUGCCCUGAGUAUUGGGUCAGCCCAUGAACGCUGCGAAACAGGAGCUGUCUGGUGCGGGCUGCUGCUCAGCCAGCAGUCGGCUCUUCUGCCAGCGCAAGAGAUCGAGCUUUCUGCAACUGGACUCACUGGGCAGCUUGCUGGUGACUUCAGUACACUCCGAAUGUGCUUUUGGGGCCAGUGACUGCUAAGUCAUAUGCAUUCCCCCUGCGGUGGUGCAGAGCUCUGCAUUAGGUCUGGAUGAAUCCUGGCUGUUCUAGGUUGGAUUUCUUGGCUCUCCAAAUUUUGCAGCAACAAAAACACGGAGAGCAUUUUACCGCAAGUGCCGGGCAUCUGCACUGCCUGCACCUCUAUCAGAGGAUCUCUCCAACUGGGACAACUGCUGUGUCCCUGUUGGCCUAUCAGUUGUUUCAUAUGACUUCUUCAGGAAAACAUGUUAUGUUGGACUAGCACACGGUGUUGUUCCUCUCUCUGAGGUGAGGUAUAGGCAGAUCAAACAGCAGCACUGCCCACUGAGGUGGUCUUUAUCAUCUCUGAGGACUGCAGAGAACUUAACUACCUGGAGAGAUAGGAUUCCUUUUGGCUUCUUGUGCUGAGUGUAAAACUCACAUGUGCAUUUCCCUCCAGAUAGGCCUGGAGCUCACACAUUCAUCCAAGCUAGCCUGACACCUUCUUUGCUGCCUUGGCACAGCUGGUUGACAGAUUUCUGAUCCGAGACUGUGAGUCCUCAUCAGCUGUGCUUGCCAUGUGAGAUGACAGAUGGGGAGUCUGGUCUUCAGUACAAAGAGGGGAUGCCCAGCCUUUUAACGCACCCCAGAGAGUGCAAACAAGAACUUAAUCUUGCUAUCCACGCCUGCAGUAACCUGGGCUUUGGUGGUUCCCCUGCAGGCAGAAUAACUCAUGUUUUGGAUAAAUCCCUACAUGCUGCAGGUCUCACUGACACUGACUCACAGGCUUUUUGCAUGAGUUGGUGGCACUGCAUUAGCUCCGUGUGUCGUUGGAGGGUAAUGUGAUUUCUCCCAGUGCUCUACCCCCUGUAACUGGGCACAGAUUGAGAAAAAUAGCCAUCACAGCUUUAAUUUAGAAUGUUCUUCCUGUGCUCCUUUUCCUUUUAUUUUUUAAGGUACUCUUAAUCAACAAAUUCAGUUUUCACCAGGUCGGAGUGGAAAAUUUUUCAAGAUAUUUUCUUCUAAGAUGCAGAAAGGCCUGUUGGCAAACCUCGGCGUCUCCCUGUGUUGUGUGGUCCCAGAGCUGAUAUUGCAGUAGCCUCCUGGUUGCAGUCUUCCGCAUGGUCUGGUUGGAGUUUCCAGAGCUUCUCUCCGGAGGCCAGAUCCUUUCCUCUACUCUUCCCCCUGGAUCUUUGUGGUCACUUACAUAUUGCAAAGAAACCUGACUCUAACUGCAGCUGGUAACAUCCUGACAGUAUGGGUAGGGCAGAGCCUUGCUGCUUUCUGCAUAUCCAAUUUACAGUAGUCACACAGCUCUUCAAACUGAGCAGGAAAGCAUAAACUAGUCCACAAAAUCUGACAGCCUGUACCAGCCCUUUGGUAUACACUUUUGUUCUUAUCUCGCUGCACUUGGAUGAGUCCAUUCCUUCCUGUUCAGUGAGCUAUUUACAGAUAUGCCUUAAAUUUAUGGGAAAACAUGUAAUCAUUUUCCCCAUCUCCCUUUCUAGAGCAUCUUUUUCUCUCUAAGGUGCACUUAUUCUUGGAGCAUUUAAUGGUCCAUCUACUGAACUUUUGUAAUGACUUAAGUGUUUUUAACAGGGUGAAAAUGGUCCAGCUGGCCAGAAGGGAGAAAAGGGAGAUCCUGGUCUUUCUGAGGAAGAGGUGAAGGAGGUGGUCAGAAGUGAAAUGAGUAGCAGAUGUGGCCUAGGGGCAGUGAAAAUCAACAGGAAACUCCAGGAGUAUGUUCAGUCUCGGGAACACACGAGGAGGGAUGGUAAAAGCUGGAAAGAACUGCUUAAAAAAGCUCAGAACAUGACAACAUCAGCAACAUCGGAGGAGUCCUUCAUUGAACCAGCUUCAUUUAUUACAGCAGCUUCCAGUGAUAAGCAGAUAAUGGAUCCCUCUCAGCACAAGCGCCACGAAGCCCACAGUCAAUUACCAGCCACCUGCCUCCAGCCAAUGGAUGAGGGCUCCUGCCGGCGGUAUGCACUGCUCUGGUAUUACCACCCAGAGGCAGACGCCUGCCGGCCAUUCGUGUUCGGGGGGUGCCGAGGGAACAACAACCGGUUCGAAACCAAAUGGAAAUGCGAGCAGCGGUGUAAAAUGGCAGCAGAACCAGUCAGAGGAGGGUGAUCGGCUGCAAUUGCAGGGUUUAGAUCAAGGAGGAUGGAGCUGCAAGAAACACCUCCAGGACAUCUAAGAGAUUGGACAAGCAAGACAAACCAUUGAAGGCAAAGAGGUGACAGAUGUUGGUUCUGUGAGUGAUGACUGUAAUUACGAAGAGGAAACAAACUGGUAUGAUAAGAGGGAAGAAUCUGACUGCUCGGGAAAGCUGAAAUUUUCAGGGAUUCGUGACCACACUACUUACCCCGUAAAACUAUUGUGUAAAACCAGACAACACCUACCCCUGAGUUUAUUUUUGUAAAAUAAAAGUGUGUUAAUGCUGCCUUGUAUAAUUCUAGUUAUCCGCUCACGUGGGACCAGUAACCCUUUGAGAAAGGCAGAGAGAAAUAGGUUGGGAAUUUCCAUUGCCCCGUGUCGGACAGGGCAGGCAGGUGGAUAUUCCGUGGCAGACAACCUUUCCGCUCUGCCACGAAUGCCCCGGGGCCUUUAGCAAGUUCCCUCUUCUCCUUCAGCUUCCCAUUCACCAGGGAGGCAAAGAGGAAACGUCCCAACACACUAUAGGUAAAAACAGGGGUUCAAAACUGGACCACGGCAAGGCACAGUUUCUCCCUGCAAAAUGUCACCGCCAGAUCUUUAACGUGCCCAGAGCUGUUGCCCAGAGAGGUAUGGAAAUCCAGCAUGGGCAAGGGCUGCAGAAACUCUUGUAAUUCAUUACUUUGACAAAGGAACAGCAGAGGUGAAAGGCCCUAUCUUCCCAACAAGCAAGGAAAUUGCCAUCAUGUUGCGAUCCGGUAGGAAAUGAGGUGUUCAAUGGCUAAAAAUGACAACGUUCAAGUGAGAUGCAGGUUGGUAACCCGUGUCAUCACAGGGGCUGCCCCGUGCGUGAAUUCCUUGUGUGUGUGAAUCCCCAAGCUCUUAUCAGUCCCUGCCACUGACCAGUCCGAUACCCUCAGGCGAGUCCCUUGUAGCUUGUUUGGUGCUCAUUUUCCUCGCAACCCUGCAAUUAGAGGCCAGAUCUGGAGGGUUUUCACGCCAUACCCAGCUGUGAGAUGUGCUUGUCACGCUUUGUAGCUUUGUGCCGAAUGCUGCUAGGUCCUCCCCACUCUGAUGAGAAUAUGUAAAUGGGAGAUUAAACCAUCAGCAGCAGCGUUUCCACGUGUUCUG